AUGAUAUCUGUAUUUAAUAUAGCAAGAGCGCUCAUUAUGACAAUUGUUAUAAGUAAUUUGGCGAGAGUGUUAGAAAACAUCACGCAGUCAGAACAAUGGCCUGAAAAUGGCCUUUUAGAUAAUGUUCUAGAUGAAGGGUUUGCUCAAGCAUCAUGUGGGUUCCAACUUGUUAACCCUACAACUGGUGUUUUUGAAGAUGUAACUGAUUGUUCAGAACCUGAUGCAGCUGCUGAAGAUAAAAGGGCAAAAAGAGGAAGUAAAACCCCGCUACUUGGGAAAGGAAAAAAAAAUAAUUUGUAA